AUGUCUUCCUCACCAAUCUCUUCAACACUGCUCAACUCAAACUCAACUUCUAAUACAACCUCUUCAGAUCCAGUCUCACAUAAUGGCUCUGGCUCCAACUUAAACUCUUUGGACUCCAUGAAAAAGAAAAGAGUCGGGAAAGCAUGCGACUCUUGCAGGUUGAAAAAGACAAAGUGUAACGGUAAGCAGCCUUGUGAACGUUGUACCGCAGACAAUAAGAUUUGCAUUUACACAGAAAGAAAGAAAUCUAAGGAUAAGGUUUAUUCAAGUGAAUAUGUCGAACUAAUUGACAGAAGAUUGAGUUUAGUCAACAAAUCUUUGUUAAAACUCUGCGAAAUGGUGAAGUUAAACAAAAAGUCAGAUUUGAUGACUUUCGUAAAGGACCUGGAAUACAACGAGAGUGACGAAAUCUCUCCUAUUUCAGUCAAUCAGGCAAUUUCCUUGUUGGUCGAUGAACACGAAUUAGAAGUCGACAGACAGGAAUUCUCAGCUUCAACAGCAACAGCAGAGUCAAUGAAUAAAGCUGCCAUCAAGUCAAAUUUGAAUGCCGUGACUAGCCUCAAUUUUAAAAAGUCAAGCAAGAAGGUUAUUGCUCCAAUUCUGCCAAGCGAAGGUCACUCUGUUCAUGGUCAAAACAACUUAAACCUGUUGUCAUCUCCUGAAUCUCUGUCACCGAAGUCCUCAGAGUUUUCACCAAAUUUCAAUGCUUUAGGUGAGAACUCUUUGGGUACUGGCAACAUUCCAUUAAGUAAAAUCAAAGAAGAAGAGGACGUUGAUGAUAGAGAUACUCCACUACUAGACCAAUUUGAUUCUGUACCUUUGACUUCGGAUUACUCUACAUACGAAACAAAUUCGAACAUGGUGUCUCCAAUAGACGAACUGGAUGAUGUUGCUAUGAUGGGUUUCAAUUCCUUAGAUCUCGGUCAAUUCCACUCUAAUAGUAUUGGCCUGUUGAACAACAGUACGAACAACAGUAAUAACAGUACGAACAACAGUAACAACCAUAGUUACAAUAAUAGUCAUAAUAAUACCAAUAGUACCACGAAUAACAACAACAAUAACAACAGCAACAAUAACUAUAGCCAUGACAGCAGUAUUAGUUCUGUUUUCAAUUCGUCUAAUGCAUCUGCGACAAACUUGACCUCUAAAACUUCCAUGGCCGUUCCUCCGCCAAUGGCCUCGUCUAUAAAAAUACCAUCCGCUGCCCUACAAACGAACGAGCUUGUUUCACCAUCAGAAAGCAAUUUGGCGGGUUAUUUUUCACCAUCAUCAAUUACAAGUGAUUCUUCUGUGCUGAUGUUUGACUCGAUGUUGGAUACUACCCCGGUUCUUAUGGGCACGGAAAACUCUUUUAUCGAUAAUUUGUCAAUGUCUCCUCCAACUUCGCUGGUGAAGAGAUCUUCAAGCUCAUGUUCAACGAUAGGUUCUAGUUCUGUUAAAAAGCUGCAACACCAUCACAAUCGCAGCCACAGUCACAAUCACGGCCAUAGUCACAACCACGCUCAUCCGCUUACGCAUAACUACACCAACAACAUCAUCAACAAGAGCAAGGUCAACAAUAACAACAGCAAUAUUGCAACGUCUUCCACUGGCUACAUCCCCCAAGUGCAAACUAUGACUCCCCAUUCUCCCCUCAAGGGUUUGAACAAAAAUUCAAAGACUAGCAGCAUCAAUCCAACUUCCUUAGAUUCGUCAAUGGUUGCCUCACUCUCGAGCGAUCUCAACAUGCAUUAUAAUAACGAAGAAUACGUCCAGUUCUAA